UCAGUUUUCUUCUGUUUAAUGAUCUUUCAUGUGGGGUUGGCGUUUCUCCUAGAUGAUAAUUGUGCCUCCCCUCCACAAUUCGAAGAUAGAAUAAUCAAUGGCAACGUUGCAAAACCGAACACGACGCCAUGGAUGGCAGCCUUACAUGAUUAUACUGGAUUUGUUUGUGGUGGAACACUUAUUACCGAACGAAAUGUCUUGACCGCCAAGCACUGUAUCGAAAAAAGAAACAUAACGACCGUGUUAUUAGGUGUCUACGACAGAUGGUGCCCUUUUUGGAUUUUCUCAGGAGUGGAACUAUAUAGACCGUUCAAAUUUGUUCCUUUUUCUGGCGACAUUGCACUUAUUAAACUGGACAGAAAAGUGGUCUACAAUGCACAAAUCCGCCCAAUAUGCAUUAUUAUCGAACAGGAGCCAAUAACGUGGUUGCCUACCCAGAGAUUCGAGGCCUAUGGAUGGGGGAGAACAGAGACUGGACUUACCAGCCAAGUUCUGAAGACCGUCAGUCUUAACCGUGUUCAGUGUCCUGCUGGACAGGACCCCAAUGGAUUGAUCUGUGCUUGGUCCUGGAACGGGGACACCUGUAAUGGUGACUCAGGCGGACCGCUGGCCGCCAAGAUCAUUUACAAAGGAAAAAGUAUAUAUGCACAGUUUGGGAUCGUCAGUUCAGGCUCCCCUAAUUGCGAUAAUAUUGGCAUCUACACGGAUAUUAUGAGCUACAACUCCUUAUUGUUUAUACAUCAUGCCCUUGAUAUAAUUUUACUUCAUGAAAAAUAA